GGUUCCAAAUGUUUACUUGCGAACAAUCACAUUCGAAAUACGAAUUGAAUUCAAAUUUUUAUCUUUUUACAAUUGAUUUUUUUGUUGUUGUUAGAAUUACGGAAAUGCAACACAUGUUAAUCCAUCAUAGGAAAAUAUCUGUUUCCACAACAAUACAACGAUGGGUUCGUUUGUCGACAGAUUCAUCACUAUCGAAUGCAGAUGGCAGCUCGACAAAGGAUAAAAUUUCUUUGACAUUCAAAGAAAAACUUAAUAAAGGUCCUGAAUUCGAAGAUUUUAUUGCCGGUGUCGUACCACGAAAUAUAAAAACAUUUGGUGAUUAUCAAGGCAAAUUGAAACGAGAAAUAGGUGAAAAUGAGCGACUACGUUUGCCCCCUUGGCUUAAACGAGAAAUUCCUGUUGGUCCAAAUUAUCAUCGAUUAAAAUCGACGCUUCGUAACCUUAAGUUGCACACUGUUUGUGAGGAAGCUAAAUGCCCAAACAUUGGUGAAUGUUGGGGUGGAUCAGAGAGUUCAACAGCAACUGCUACCAUAAUGUUAAUGGGUGAUACUUGCACUCGUGGAUGUAGAUUUUGUUCGGUAAAAACCGCACGUAAACCACCACCAGUCGAUCCGGAGGAACCGGUCAAUACUGCUAAAGCUAUUGUUGCUUGGAAUUUAGAUUAUGUCGUUCUUACGUCUGUCGAUCGUGAUGAUAUGCCAGAUGGUGGUGCGGAACAUUUUGCUCGUACCGUCCGUGAAAUUAAGCGUCUUUCACCCGAUCUUCUUGUCGAAUGUCUUACACCAGAUUUUCGUGGCCAACAUGCUAAUGUUGCAACGGUAGCAUCAUCUGGUUUAGAUGUCUUUGCACACAACAUUGAAACUGUUCGUGAUUAUCAAAAAUUUGUCCGAGACCCACGUGCCAAUUACGAUCAAUCAUUGGACGUUCUUCGAUAUGCCAAAGAAUCACAGCCAGUAAUCAUAACGAAAACUUCGUUAAUGCUUGGUUUUGGUGAAACAGAUGACCAGAUCAAACAAACUAUGGAAGAUCUACGGCAAGCAAAUGUAGAUUGUCUUACAUUAGGUCAAUAUAUGCAGCCAACAAAACGUCAUCUAAAAGUCGUCGAAUAUGUAACGCCAGAAAAAUUUGCCUUUUGGGAAGAUUAUGGCAAUCGAUUAGGUUUUGCCUAUACCGCCUCAGGUCCAUUAGUUCGAUCAUCAUAUAAAGCCGGUGAAUUUUUCAUCAAAAAUUUGAUUGCUAAACGUCGCCAAAAUAAUUCAUCAUCAUCAAAUCUAUAAGGUUUUUUAAUAAAAAAAAAGAUUAUAUUCUCAAUUUUAAAGAGUAUUUGUGCUGCCACCAAGCGAAUCAGCCUCCGAAUCUGAACCAGAUAUAGAAGAUCCUUGGCCAUCAUCAUUGUUU